UUUUGCACUGUUAACGGUAAUGUUGCCUUACCACAAGUUUCCACUGACUUGAGCUGUGCCUUAAGUGCCACAGUGCUAUAUUCUUUCCUUUGCAAAAUGGCACUUAAAUUAAAAAAGUGAUUUUCACUUAAAAAGUGAUUUAAGUGAUUUUUGGAGCAAAUUUUGAAUUUAUGCAGUCAUGAGGAUGGACACUGGACCAAUCUUUGUAAUAAUUCUCCUCAGUCUGGUACUUCUGAAUCCACUGGAAGCCCCAGCUGCAGCAAUGCACAAGAUUACUGCGCUCAGUGGCAGCUCAGAAAUACUUUACUGUCCAAGUUCAUCAGCUGUCUACUUUCAGAGAUGUAUGUGUAAUUUCUCCAGCAAAUGUCGGUACCUAUAUCCCCCUAAAAUAAAAACAGAGCACUAUAUGGGCCAGUGGAAAAUCACAGUCUUUAGCCUAAACACAGAUGAUUCAGGGUGUUACAUGUGUUGGCCCUGGCGGCAGAAAUUUUACAUUGAAGUGCUUCCUGCUGGACUGACAGCGCCGCGACAUGUGAAUGGCACAAAGGGAGGCAAUGUAACAAUACGCUGUAGCUAUGACAUUCAAGGCCACGGUUCUUCACUGUCCUGGUGUAAGAUGUACUCUUACACUGGAAAUUGUGAGAAUAUUGACAGUCCUAUUAACAAGGACUUUAAUGAAAGAGUGAGAAUUGAAAAGCACUCCAACUAUUUUGAUGUCAUUAUCAAAAGUCUUCAGAUAAAAGAUUCUGGAACUUAUCGCUGUGUAUACGGGUACUGGAAUGACCUCGGUGCUUGGGAGACAUUAACAGCAGAUGUGGAACUUAUUAUAACAGAUCCACAGCUAUCUUUAACAACCUCAGCAGCGGCUACAAGAAAUACUGUUACAAAGAGACCCACCAAAACUGUUACACCAAGAAAAGCUAUGAGUCUUACCAGAAGUGUUACAACAAGUAAAGCUGGGAGUUCUAUCACAGGAGCCCCUCUCAGUCAAAGUCCUCUGCUCUACAGCAUCAUUUGUCUCCUUGCCAUCAUAGCCAUUACUCUACUGAUCAUAUUACUCAAACUGUACUACAAAAGACGCAAAGAUCGUGUACAAAGUCCAGAUCUUGGUGGAGGCACUUUUUACAUGAGCGAUCUCAGAAGUGACUUACAUCUUGCAAAUCCUGUCCCUAAACAACCCUACACUGCAUGUACAGAUGAUUCAUCCUCUACUAGCUCAGAGAGCUCAGGUCAUUCAUUCGGGAAUAUAUCCGUUGGCCCUCACCACCAGUAUCUGACUAUAAUGCCCACCCCUAAGGACGCAGACUAUGAAAAUGUCCCUGAAGAAAUGCCUUCAGCUCCUCCAGACUAUGAAAAUGUGACUGCAGACAAAGACCAGGACUACGUUAAUAUACCUGAACCCCAGAACACAUCUUCCACUGAGGACCAAGACGACGAGGGCGGCAGCCCUACAGGAAAGUGGGAAAAGAGUGCAGCCAGCCGUAAGAGCAGCAGCAGCAGCAGCAGUGAGAGCAGCAGCAGUGACGAGAGCGAAGAAGAAUCAGUAAAUUACACAUUGGUUGUCUUUAAAAAAGCCACAGAGUAGGUACUCAAAAGACACUGACUUCCAUGCUUUCCAGCCACAUAAUCUUUUUUGGGCAGAUAAAAUGCCAAAAACAUAAUUUUCAUUUUUCUAUCAGAUGACUGACAUUAUGUUUACAGCACUGUAUCAACCUCUGCAUUUCAAGUAGAUGCUUACGUAUAUAUAUAUAUAAGAACUCCAUGUUCUAAAUUUAACUAGUAUGUAUGUUAUUUUUACUGCUGAUUUUUUUGUAGGGGCUGUAACGUUUGCAGGUAUUGCAUAUACUGGCUGUGCAUGGGAGGAAAAGUUAAUUCUUGUUAUGAAACCCUCUGAAAACCUAACAGGACUCAAAAUAAGUUUCUGAUGAGAUUAAAGCACUCUCUUGUGCUGUUUAUUGCCAACGCACAAGCUUACAUCCUGUUAGGAAGAAACCAGAUUGUGCAGCUAAGGAGAUUGACUUGACAGGGGAACUUAUUUUCAAUAUGUGUGAAUCUGUUGUGCACCAAUUAUGAGUAAUGCAUAUCAUGUCGUGUCAUCUUGUCAUCAUUGUUCACCUCUUUCUACAUUCAGUUUAGACCUGCCAUGUUAUGCACAACACGUACUCCGCUGAUAUUCUUUUCACAUCACCUGACCUAUUUAACUUCAAAAAGCUUGUGUGUAAGGGUUGGUGUGAGACGGUGCAUCCGUUGUGUCAAAAAUAUAUCUGUGUCUUGUUUUAGAAUUGACCACGGAUGGAAAAAAUGAGCUCUUAUCAUAUUGGUCGACCACAGUGGCUGUGUACUCAUAAUGUGAGACCACAUGGUGGUGUAAGAAGCCAAGGAGAUGCUGGUGGCAGAUUAGAGGAGCUUUAUGCUCACGGCCUCUUUAUUUGGGUGUUUAUUUUCUUGUUUGGUGCCAAGUGACAUGACAUUUAUUUUUUGUGUUCAGUAAUUGAAUAAUUGUAUUUUACAAUUUUCUAUGUGAAUGACUUUUUAGAAAAUGAAAAUAAAAUUCAUGUCAGACA